CGCCUCCUGCGCGUUAUACAACACCGUAAAAUCGAGAAAAAAAAUAAAAACAAAAUACUGCCGAUAGCAUCGAUAAUGAAUUCGAUUCGCUCCGAACGACCGACAGCACACUAGUUUUGAAAAAGAACACUGUUUACAAAACGCUUUCCUCGAUUUGCACGCGAGUGAAUUGUAUAUCGAGUUAGUUUGAGAGUAUCGAGUGUUGUGUUAGGUAUCGACUAUCGAUGUUGCGAUCGUAACGACGGUGAACUUGUGCUACGCUUCUGGAAGGUCAAGGAACACAGGUGGUUGAUACACAUGCGACAUGCGAUCGAUAUUAUGAUAUUGUCGAACUAUUUGUCUGAUGCACCGAACGAUUUAGUCAACAUGUUCUUCAAGUUUCCAAGAUUAUGAUGUAUCCUGAAAACAAAAUGUUGGAGGUCCCAGACAACGUAUCGGAGGCUAGCUUCGUAACGAGCGUGGAGGAAGCGAGCCGCGUGGACCAAUGCACGCAGACGCCACCGUGCGGCAAGGCGCGCCCACGCACUCUGCAAAGGUACCACACAUGCGACCACAUCUUCGAGCGAUCACACAGAACAUACCGGCUCAAGCACGAAACCCGGCCCAAGAGCCUAGGUCUCACUGAAUCUUACCCCUUCAUAGCGAAGCCGCCGAGUUACGAUUACCCAAAGUUUAAGGUAAGCGUGACGGACAGCCCUACGAUAUCUGUGACGCCGCCGCAUAGCUUAGAAUACGUGUGCACUAAGGGCGGGACGAGUCCGAACGGCAGUGUCACCCCUAACGGCAUGGUGUCCAACAAGUCCGCCGCCACGGUGCUGCUGAGCCCCGGGUACUUGCAAGGCCACUGUCAAUGUAACCAGUCUAUUAAAAGUGUAAGUGAAGUGGCUCUCACGAUGCCGGUGUCUCCAGGCUGGAACGAGGAGCAGCCGGGCUCCGAAGGUCUUUCGUGGCGAAGGUUGCACAUGUCCCGUGCCAAAUUGAAAGCCACUGCUACCACCUCUGAACUGCUGUCAGGUUUUGCGAUGGUAGCCAUGGUGGAACUUCAGAUAAACGAACCAACGAACGUUCCAGAAUGGUUGUUCGUAAUGUUCGCAGUCUGCACGACUGUGCUUGUGGCUGUGCACAUAUUCGCUCUCAUGAUAUCUACGUACCUGCUGCCCAAUAUUGAUGCGGUCAGCAAGAUGGAGACGCCCAGAGCGCCGGCCAGCGCCCUCCGAGACUCGCCGCAUGAAAGAAUGAGGGGCUUCAUCGAGCUAGCCUGGGCUUUUAGUACUGUUUUAGGUCUCUUCCUGUUCCUGGUGGAGAUAGCGAUCCUUUGCUGGGUGAAGUUCUGGGACUACUCGUUCGCGGCCGCCACAGCAGCCACGGUCAUCGUUAUACCAGUAUUAAUCGUCUUCGUGGCGUUCGCAAUUCACUUCUAUCAUUCUUUGGUGGUGCAAAAAUGUGAGACGUCGGGCCAAGACAUCGAACAGCUAGAGAGUAUGAAGAGAGACCUCGACACAGCUACGGUCAAAGUUAACAUGUUUUGAAAACACGAAACAAUCGUUGUAAAACAGCGGGAAAUGUGACAUUUUAAUAAUUACAGAGACAAUUGUUGAUUGAGGACUAUGUGAGGUGAUAUUUUGGCCUACUUGGCGAAUCCAGAGGACUUAAUUUUAUCAUCCCGCGUUUUUAUAGGUCGGCCAUGUUUUGACGGGUUCCGACAAUGGCGGCCAUAUUUGCCAUAGACACCUAAAGUCUCAUUGUCUUUUGUAUAUAAUAAUUGUUUCCUGUGAUAUAUUUAUGUCCUUGUGAAUUUAUGAUUUUAUAUUAUGCUGACGCGCCGGACGGAGAUAUCGAUUAGAAACAACGACUCAUUAUAUUUAUAAUCGAAUUAAAAUCCGAUACAUAUUUUUAAGACUUGUUAAAUACGAAAUCGAAAUUAUUUAUGUAGGUCAAUAGGUGAAUCUGUUAUUUAUUUGAUUGAUAUUAACUGAAAUCGAUUUGUCAUAAGUUUACACAGUUUUCUGCAUGUGUGAUUAUUAUUAGCACUUUAAGCAAUGUGUAUUGUGACGUAAGGUACCACCCACAUAAAUUACCAAUCUUAUAAGUGCUAAUUGUUGAUCAACUGCUAUGUGCCACGAACAUAGUACGUGGUAUAUACCAUUUUAAACGUGCAAUCUUCCUUAAAAAGACAUAUUAUUAUCAUAGUACUGUAAAAUCUCAAAAACAAAGAUAUUAAUUUACAUACAAACACAAUACAAGUCUGUAUCGAGACAGACAUAGUAAUUAUAGUGUUUAAAUCUGUAAAUAUGACUAAUGAAUAGGAAAAGUUAAACUUAGUAUUUCUAAAGAAUCUAUUCGGGAGUAUUUAAAAUAUCAAAAGUACAAUGAUAUUGUUAUAAUUUUAACCUUAUCUUAAAGGUAUAAGGUUCUUAAAAUUAUGUACUUUUGUUUUAUUUUAUAGAUUUUAUUACUGUGGUGCUGAUUGUAACUGAUAUUCAGAUUUAUUUCUCAAAUAAGAUUUUAUGAUGAAUUUCACUAGAUAAUAUGAUGAUGGAAUAUAUUAAAAAGGUGUUUAUAGUUUCACCAAAGAGUCUUCCAGAAUUUUCUAUGUGAUGUACAAUUAGAAAGACUGCAAGGAGAGUAAACUAGAGGAGAUAAAAGAUUUGCUAUCGAAGUAUGAGAUCAUGCUGUUCAUGUAACGUAUGGGCAGGAUUAUUGUGUAAUAUUGAGCUGUUGAACCAGUAUUCAGGAGACGCGAUGUGAAUUUGUUAAUUUUAGUAUUUUUAAGAGAUGAAUAAAUAAAUAAAUAAAUGAAUUAAAUAACAUUA